AUGGCUGCUGCUCCAACUAUCAAUGGUACUGAGCUGCCCACCCCGCAGGAUGAGGUGCUGCGGCACUACGAGGAGUUCAAGGCGCAGCGCAUCAAUCCCCAGGGCGCGUCGCAAUAUAUUGAGCUCGAAAACGCACCCAACGAGCGCUUUGAAGCCCUUGCCGAAGAUCCAUGGGUCGACCACGCGACAAUUAAUGCGCAGAAGCCGACAUUGAAAGAUGGAAACGAGCUGAAGAUCAUCAUCUUAGGCGCUGGAUAUGGAGGACUAAUUUAUGGAGCGCGGCUCGUUGAGGCCGGGUUCCCAGCGGAGGACAUCCGCUUGAUCGAUAAUGCAGGAGGAUUUGGAGGAACUUGGUAUUGGAACCGAUACCCCGGUCUGAUGUGCGAUGUCGAAAGCUAUCUCUACGCACCGCUCCUGGAGGAGACAAAUUUUAUGCCGAAGCAUAAGUAUUCUUAUGGUCCAGAGUUGAGAGACCAAGCUGAGCGCAUAGCGCAGAAAUACGGCCUCGUCGGCUUCUUUAGAUCUAAUGUCGAGAGUGCUACGUGGGACGAUGAAACCAAGAGAUGGGAUAUCAAGUUGGAGGAGAACAGAGGUCCAGGGCAGGAAAAGGUUAAACUAACCGUCCGGGCGCAAUUUCUGCUCUCAGCAAAUGGCUUUUUGAACCAUCCCAAAGUACCGAACGUGUCUGGCCUAGAAGAGUUUGAGGGUACAAUGUUUCACACUGCACGCUGGAACUAUGAGGCCACGGGUGGAUCGCCAGAGAACCAGACCCUCGACCGGCUUAAAGACAAAAGGGUAGGAAUCAUUGGCACUGGAGCGACGGGCAUCCAGGUAACACCUCAGCUUGCUAGAUGGGCGAAAGAGCUCUAUGUCUUCCAACGAACACCUUCAAGUGUGGACGUUCGGGGCCAACGAGAGACAGAUCUCAACGAAUGGAAACAAAAGAUUGCGACACACAAAGGCUGGCAACAUGACAGAUGUGAUAAUUUUCUAAGGUGGUCAGUGGGUCAGGGCGAAGGUGAGGACUUGGUCAACGAUGGAUGGACCCACGCCACGUCUUAUAUCGGUUUCAUGGGCGCACCUCAUACAAAGCCAGUGCAACCAGAAGAAGUUCCCAGCCACAUAAACCGCCUACUCGCUAUUGACGAACAAAUUGCAAAGGACAAACGCCAACGCAUAGCCGAUAUUGUCAAAGAUCCAAACACCGCAAAAGCUCUGACCCCGUGGUAUCCAACAUGGUGCAAGCGGCCCUGCUUCCAUGAUGAUUAUCUGCCCACUUUCAAUCUUUCCCACGUUCAUCUCGUUGAUACACUACCCAACGGCAUCGAACGCGGAACCAAGAAUGGGCUUGUUGUCAAUGGAAAGGAGUAUCCACUCGACGUCCUUGUUUUCAGCACAGGAUAUCGCGCGCCUAGCAAGGAUCAACUAGAGCCCGGAUCCGUGGCGAACAUGAGUUUCAUCGGCCGCGAUGCUCUUACCAUGUCAGACAAAUGGCAUACCAAGGGAGCGAGCACGCUUCACAGCAUUCAAUCGCACAGUUUUCCGAAUCUGUUCCUGGGCGGCUAUGUGCAGAUUGGCAACGGGCAACAUGCCACCUACAUCAUGGAUCUAAAGGCCCAACACAUAGCAUAUACGCUCAGCGAAGCGCAUAAGCGUGUCAAAGACACCAGCAAGCUCACAUUGGAGGCAACUGAGGAGGCCGAGGACGCAUGGUCAGAAGAGAUUGCAAGGCAUGCCACUUGGUUCGCCGCCUAUUCGAUCUGCACACCAGGCUUCUCUACCAAUGAAGGAGAGGACUUGAAACCCCUGCCUCCACAGGAAGCACUUAGGAAAGCUAGAGCUGCACCGCAUGCUCAAGGUUUGAUUUAUUUCAAAGACGUUCUAAAGCGCUGGAGGGAAGCUGGGACGCUGGAGGGCCUUACCAUCAGCGAAUCAUAG